AUGUGCGGCUGUUGCUUCAAAACACAGUUCGGUAAUUUUACCGGCAAGAGUGGAUGGAUAAGCUCGGAAAAUAUGUUUAUUGCGCCUACCAGAAAAGGUACAACGCUACCAAAGUUGGCAGACCUACUAAAAACCGAACUUUUCGUUGUCGUUGAGGAAGGAGAGUCUUUCUCCGCAAGAGUUUGCUCUCCGUGCGGGACAAAGGUUAGAAACUGUGCUGCGAUGCUUUCGCAGAUUAGAGAAAAACUGAACACACCAACCGAAAAUGAACAAUUAUUGCGAUUAAAAAGAAUGAGCAAAUCCCCUCAUUCCACGCAGAACAAGAAAUUGGCUCGUACGGCAUCUUCGUCUGAACCUUCUGUGCCGAAUGAACAACCCAGUUAGAUUGAAAGGGAAGUUAGAGCUCGCCGUUCUCUCGCGUUAGGUUCAUCCCUCGACUUCCUGGAGAAAGAAAAUGGUUUCCCUUUUCCUCCUGGAUUAGCAGACGUUGCAGAUCCUCCCCGUAACAGAUCUAGCGAAACAUCAGUUGUUGUGGAGGUAAAUUAUUGCAACUCAACACGCACGGUAGCUUAUGACGGGAGCGAGCAAGGAAAUUUGGUGAAGUACAUCACGCGAAAGGAUUGGAAGGCUGUGAUAAACAUUCUUUUCAAAAUGAAAGAAGUUAAAGCCGUUCUGCCAGGGGCUUUCCUAGCGAUAGUUUCGCAAGAGGUUAAAGAGUACUGCAACUCAAUGAACGUCCUCAAGAAAACUUCCCCGGAGGAACUUGAAAAAUUGUCGCAUGUCUUGAUAGUUGAAGAAUUGGAAAACCGUUGUCCUCUGUGGUCUGCGUCAGCGCGAGCGGUUUGUGGAAAGCUGAGCAAGCCGCGAGAUUCUAAAAUCACAAAUGCCAUCGCUUUGUCUUCCGCGAUUUUGGCGCGGUGCAGGAACAGAAAAAUGUCUGCUGUUGUGCACCGUAUUUCCGCGGUUUUAGUUCAUAGUGGUGCCAAGAGCUCUGACUUCACGCGAUUGAAUCGUCUUGGUUUGUGCAUGUCGCACGAUGAAACAAUCAAGAAACAACUUAGAUUGGGGGAACAUCACGAUGCAAAGGUGCAAUCCUGGAAAAACAAGGUACAAAGUUGCGAAGAGGUCAAGAAUUUGCUCUGUGAAAUCGUGGAGAAGCAGUGCGAACCACAUGAAGAUGAAUCUGUUGACUUCUCUCAAGGAGCUCUGGAGGCCUACAGCAGCUUUACCGAAAAGGCCUUUAAAAAAUGUGCGACUCUUUUAUCAGAAAAGUCAGUUGAUGCAGAGAAACCUACAAUGGGUGCAAUUAAGGAUGUGUUGAAGAACCAAAGGUCUGAAAAUCGAAAGUCAUACAGGUUGGCCUCAUUUUCAUCACUUUAUAUAUGUACUAGAUAGAAUAUUUUUGGGUCCUUUCAAACGGAGCUGCUUUUAAUUUGUUGGCAUGGAUUUGUCUAUUUUAGUUUUCCAGUAUAAUCAAAUGGUUUUUGACCGGUCAGAAUGGCCUUUAAUACCAACGUUAUAGGUUUCUAUACAAAUUACGUCAUUUGUCAGAGUGCUUCGAUAUCACUAGUAAGCCAAAUUAAAAUGGCAUAUCUGAAGAUGCUGUAAACUAGCAGAAACAUUUUCUUUGUUUAUUCUUCUUUGUUAUAAUUUUCUUGUUUUGGCAAUUGCUAUAAAAUAACCUGUUGACCUUUACAGACAGCAGGAGCUUUUUUCCCUCCUUUUUUGUGUUAGUAUAAUUUUAUUAAAAUGCUUGAGUUUUUUUGUACACAUUAACUAUUCAUUAUUAUAAGCGACAGGUUAAUAAAAGGAGUUGUCUUUUCAUUUACUUUUUUUAAGCUAUUUUUCUAAUUUGUUUAGAAUGUAAUGAAAUAAUAUUGUAAACAAAUAUAUAAAUAUUUCAUUUUUUUAGGAUUGUGGCUGACAAUUUUGAUCUUUGUGUGAAAGCAAGGAUGCAAACAAAGGGACACAGUAAUCAGUCUCUACACUGGACACAUCAAUUUGCUGUGGAAGAUCGAGUGACAACACCAUGUUUCCUUGAUGAAUCGCAACCACAGUGUAACCCAAAGGAUCUCUCUUUGUCCAUGUUGUUGCCUGAUAAGAACAUCCAGGCUUCAUUCCACCAGCAAUGCUCAAUAUUGAUCAGCCGUGUUCUUGUGACAUAUUACAAACCAUUCAAGAUAUUCAGGGAUGUGGUUAUAAACCAUAUUCCUCACCCCUACAUGGAAGAGUCAGCAAAGAAAUCAAAUAUUGUAAGUUUUAAAACCUACUUGUUUUACCAAAUUAAAAGAUAAUACUUUAUUUUCCUACCUUGUCAGGGGUUUCCAUUUCUAGGAAAAUAGCUUGUCUUGUGUUAAAUUUUAGUUUUGUGUUUCAUUUAAUUCUUCAUUGCAAAUCAUGAAAGGACUACUGUGCCUCAGUUUCUGCAUUACAACAAUAUUAUUGUAGUAGAUGGUUUACAGUUUAGUCAGCUAGUUCUUCAAAAUGCAUGAUUGUAAAUAAAGCUGAAAGUAACAUUAGUUCCUAAAGCUUGAUUGCUUCAUUUUCAGAACUGUCUUGGUCUUGAGUUCUUCAAUUCGAAUAUUGCUGGAGAAAUGGCUCAACUGAUGAUGAAAAACCAGGAACGAUUCGUGCCCAUCAGUCCGGCUCAAGGCUCUGCCUCUCCUAAAGUCCUAGAGACCAUUUUUUUUUAUGGUGAUGCUCUUACAGAGGAACGUGCUAGAAAUGUCCAGUGGAUGUUUAGAGAUGGGGACUGUGAGGUUGACCGAUUAGAAGGCCUGGAUCCCGUCCAUACAGAUUGGCAUGCCAAGGUUAAAUUAUAUGAGGUAAUUAGAUACCUACAUUAAUUAGUAGGCUGCAGAUAGGCAAUCUACAGAUUAGUCAAUUAUCUGCCAGCAUAUAAUUGACUAAUCUCAGUGCUAGAUCUUGAGAUAAGGGGGUGGAGAGCAAUCUCUAAAUAAAUUUUGUGGCCCAUCGUGCCUAAUAAGGGGGGACUGGCCCCCUAGGCCUCUCCCCUGGAUCUGCCACUGAAUUUAUAUGAUAAGUGAAAUAAUUGCCCUUGUAAGUCUUUGUCGACUGAAGCCCGGCCUGUAGGUUACCGAAACUAAAUGUUUAUCAGACAAUCCAAUUAUCACUCUGUUAAUUUCAUUUGGACGUUGUAUCCAGUAAUAAUACUGAGAGUCAGUCUUAACUCUAAACUAGCAAUCUUGACACCUGCUUGAUUAUUUAGACAGUUGUCUUCUCACUUAUUUGCCCAUUUUCAUAGUUCUGGCUUCGGGUGUUAAUGCCUCUUGUUGCUGCAUUAUUUUUGUGAUCAUAGCUUGAAUACAAGACAUUUUUUAGUUCAUCUUCUGCACAAGACAUUGGUACUACAUGUGCUUCAAUGAAUCGUACUGGUAAGACCAAUGCGAAGAAAGGUCCUGACAAAGAUUACAACGCAUUUUGGGAUUUCCACGAUAGGGAAGUAGAAGCACACAUCAUAGCCUCAUUCUUGACCCAUAUUGGAGCACCAAACCUGGAAGGUAGCCCUAUCAAUUUCUAUUCUAUAUUUUAUAACCUGCUAAAAGGUGCCUGAUGAUUGGCCCAUAAUGACUGUGUUAACUUUGUAUCAGUAUUACAUCCUUGCCCAUUUAUUAAAAGCCUCAAAGGCUAAUUGGAAUGGGGAGGGGGUAACUCCCUACAAUGGGCUAUUUGGAGAGGCUCUGCCUAAAGGGGUACCCUUUCCAGGCUUCAGAAAUAUAAGAAGAUAGGAAGUUCACUAGUUGAAGUAUAUGAGUGGGUAGGGAAAUAUGAUUGUCAUUUUCUCUUGUACUAAGCCCCAAAAUGGCUAGCAGAUACAUGUCAAGGCUGAGGAAAAGUAAAAAUAAUGCUGUGGUGUUGUAAUUUAUCCAUAAUGUUAUGUAAAAGACAGUGCAUUUACCACAUUAAAGCUAGUUUCAAGCCAUCCAAAGUUGUAAGAGGUUGGACCUGGGAACAAACUUCUGCAUAUAAAAAUUUGUUAAGUUUCCCCUGGAAAUUGAGAGGAGAUUCUAGGAUUUGAUCAAAAGAGAUUUGAUACCAGGUGUAAUGAGAUUUUCAAUAUUUUUUUCCUUUUUACAGAAUUGCCCAGCAAUUUACAGUUACCACCAGAGACAACUAGUAUGAUUAAUGAGCACCAGAAGACAAUGGCUUGGUGCUAUCAUAGAGGACUAGAUGACCAAAUUUGUGUUUGA